AUGCCGGAAAAACAGAAGGUUCUAAAGCUGCAGGAUGUCUGGCGUACCUGUAAUAAAAUACGAGCUGCCGUAUUUCGCGUCGGGCUUGAUUUGUGGGAGUACUAUAAACCUUUGGUUCCUGACAAGCACUGUUUAAUAUCAGAAUCCAAAUUUAUUUCCGUCUUGGCCGGACCAUUGAAAGGCGUGAUCGGUUUAUCAGAUAAAGAAAUUUGCGAUCUGACGGACUAUUUUCGGAUUCAGGACGGUCGAAUUUUUUAUUCGCAAUUUUGCGAAGUUAUUCACGACAGCGUUCCUGAUUUUACAAAAAACAAGUCUCUCGUGACUGGUUUGGAAUGGGAAGAUCCGCUGCGCGUAAAUAUUUUGAGCGGCACAGAAACGCGAAAAAUAAAUCUGAUAAUCACUCAGCUCGCUGUACUGAUAAACAAGAGGAAAAUUACAUUGCGCCCGUAUUUUCAAGAUUACGAGCUGAUUUCAAAGAAUGUCGGCGCGGUCACCAUCGCGCAUUUCGGUCGGAUUUUAAAAUUUCUGGGCAUCGUCCUCGGUGCCGAGGAGUUUCGUCUGCUCGUGAAAAGGUUUGCCAGGAAUGCUUACACCGUGAAUUACGUGGCAUUCCUGAAGGCAAUCGACGAGGUCCAAUGCUACUUGGAGGAGCAUGGAAUGGUGGAUCUCAGUGGGGAACUGCUCGAUCAGUUUCCCGGUCGGAUCAUCACAGCCGAGCUGCCGAAACUACCACGACCGGAAAUAGGCAAAGUAAGACCCAGUCAAAUAUUUGGUAGGCAAACGGUGUUCCAUCCAGUGAUGGAACCGGCGAGAGACACGAUGCCCACGUUGGAAGUUAUCAAACGCAUCCAGAGGCACAUCCUCGAGCAACGAAUACGGAUUCACGAGUUCUUCAAGGAUUUCGACUAUCUGAAUACCAGCCGAGUGACCGUCUCGCAAUUCCGAAGAGCGCUGGACGCGCUUCAAAUAUCGUCCCUGGGCCGUUUGUGGCUGGUCGAACCGGAAAUCGAUACUGUGAUCGCACUUUAUAGGGACCCAAGUGAUCCUGAUCGCGUGUGCUGGCGCACGUUCAUGGACGAUAUAGAUCGAGUCUUCACCGUGAAGGGACUUGACAAGCUGCCAAAUCUCAGGGUGGAGUCGCCACCUCAGGAAAUAGCUGAACUUCCUCGAAGUGGCGCACCGAAUUGGCGAUGCGAACCGGAAGAUACGAGGGAGCUUUGCGAGGAUGUUUUGCGGAGAGUAAGACAGCGAGUCGAAGAGAGGCGGAUUUUCCUGAAGAAAUUUUUCAAAAAUCAUGACAAGCACAAUCGCGGUCACGUGUCGCGAGCUCAAUUGAGACAGGUGCUCGUCACGGCGAUCAUACUUUUGUCUCCGGAGGAAGUGUUCGCACUGGAACGAAGAUACAACGACGAUCUAGGCUUCGAUUAUAAUCGAUUCCUGCAGGAAUUGGAGGCUCGACUGAUCGCGGAACCUUUGUAUCAUCGAAUGUUGGAGGAAAAGAAGAGACUGAACGCCGAAAAGCCACCCUCUGAACCUCGCGAUGACGAAACCAACAUCGUAUUGAUCUUGGCUAAAAUUAAGGCCAAAGUCGUGCGCGAAAGGAUCAAAGUGCUCGAAUUCAUGAAGCAAUUCGACAGGAAUAAUCAUCUUGUGAUCACAAAGCCAGAUUUUGUCAGGAGUCUGGAUCAGCUGCGUUGCAACUUGACGCCCGCGGAAGUAGACACGAUCGUGAAGAUCUUUCAGGCAGCACUGAGACCCGACUUCGUCGAGUACGUGAGAUUCGCAACAACCGUGGAAGAAGCCGUAGCCACUGGCGGUCUGGAAAGGGCUCCACUCUUCCUUCCCGUGCAGCAUGUGCCCUCCGAAGCGAGCAGCAGGACCUUCCUUGACUUCGACGAACGUAAAACAGUGGAAAUCGCGAUGGAUAAACUGUGCGAAGUGCAGAGUCCGAAUCUGGAGGAGCUCUUCAAGAACUACGAUAAAGAAAAUAUCGGCACCGUUUCCAAGGAGCAAUUAAUGAAGGCACUGUCGGUUAGGCGGAUGUUGGAGCUUAUCACCAACAGAGAACUAGACGCCGUACAUAAAUGCUUCUCCAUCGAAAGAGGUGGCUCGUUCGAAAUCGACUACCGAGCAUUUCUGCGCGCUUUGUAUCUACUUCAAGAGAACAGAAAAACUCCGUUCUUUUGA